AUGGCUGCUCGUUCGCAGCUUUCUGGCCGUAGUCGGCGACGCACUUCCCGACCUCGUGCCAGACAGGUAACUACCGAAGAACUACUCCACGCCAUUAGAUCGCCAUCUCCCUUUCGCUCGGUUCACGCGGCGAUUUCUAUCCCUGAGGAUGAUGCAAUCCAGGCAAGUGUGGAACUCGAAGACGUUAACAAUGACUACACUCCGACUCCGGGCUAUGGUUACAACCGAUUAGCGUCACCGACAAAACGUAGGCAGGAUGGGGAAGGUGGGAGCGUCUAUCAUAAUAAUCACGAGGGCGACGUGCAGGUGGGCCAUAUCUCCCUCGAUGAGGAAGAAAACGCUAUGCCGCCUCCAAACUCCGUCCGUCUACGACCGCCAACUCGAAACUUCACUCCAGAGGUAGUGACGUAUAAAUCAUCCCGCAAACGCCAUCUGUCUGCUGCCACAUCCACUCGCCCGUCCAAGAAACCUCACACUACCGAAAGCUCCACGCCAAUGGACCUUCUCACGUCCAAUCUCCAUAAUCAUUUUGGCGCCUUUGCUCCUCUCAUACUAGAGCCGCUCAACAACACCCUCGACAAGAUGAAGAUCCAUAACGACGCAAAUUCGGAGCGCAAUUUUUCUGCUCUUCGCGACACCAUUAUUCAGGCUCAACAAGCUCAAAAAGAACAUCAAGACAAUCGUUUCGACAGUAUGCAAAGCGCUAUAAACAUCAACAAAGACAACAUAAAACGCAAUGUUCAGCACCUUGGAGAUGUGCUUAUGAAGAACACGGAUGAUUGGCAAGACUCAGUGGAGGAAGUUGCAGCUGCAAGACACACCAUUACGCAAAAGCGCAUCGACACUGUCCAAGUUGCCAUAGAGGAUUCAGCAAAAGCAAUUGAGACAGCGAACAAGAAUCUCGGCAUCGUACACCAGAAUACAACAGGCAUCCAGACAGACAUACAGACGCGUCUUGAGCAGUUCCAACAGCAUGUCACGAAUACAGUGGUUGCGGAAAUCACUCGCAAUGAGAACCUUGCAAUAGCUCGCUCCAUCCGACUCGACAAUGAUCUUACAUCAGUGAACAGCUUGGUUGGCACAAAUCACACGACUACAAUGCAGACCCUGCGAAACCACACUAACCGUUUUGCCGCCCUGUCGACAUCCUUUGAUGAUAUUGAGAGCAAUCUCACGUCUCACCGGGGAGAUUUGCGCGAUAUGCGGAACCAGGCACUCGUUGAUCGUACAGCAUUCAUGGGAAAGUUCACCGAGCUCAUCGGCCGGACAAAUAGCGCUCAGGAUACUAUCACAGCCCACGUCAGUCAUCAGAUAGCGGCUUCGCAAAGCGCACUCACGGCGCUGCUGGGCCGUGUUCAACAAACCCUCAACGAGACUUCGCCGCAGAUCCCUCAGUCUCUCACCAAACUGGAGCAAGGAUUCGAUCAGAUCAUCAAACUCCUCGGUCGUGACGGGGAGCCAAGCAGACGAGCCCACGAUUUGAGUACGGAAAACCUGGUCCAGACCGCUUUGACUGCCGACGAGGUACAUCGAAUUCGGAAUCAGUUGAAAAGUCAAAAUACCCCAAAUCCUGUUGACUUCGAACCACACAAUACACCUCGGGCGCACAAGGAAAGUAGGGCUCAUAUCAUGGAUUUUGGAAAGAUUGCUCAUCAACCCGAGCAAGAUCUCGAACCUGUGCAAAGUGAGGCCAGCGGCAGUGAAAUUCGUCAGAUUGGAUCUGAAAAGCCCAACUCGGUUUCUAGUCUAUCCGACGAUGGGAUUGAGGAUGUGAAGUUGAACAGCAAUACUGCUACUAGCUCCUCACGACCAGCAGAUUUGGAUCUCGACAGUAUCAUGGGUUUGCCCGACUAUAGUUCCCAGAUGCAAGCGAAUCAUGAGAACGAUAUACGACGGGUCAUGCAGUCGGCAGAUACUCAAUCCUCCAUAUUCGGGCUGGCUCUGACACAUGAAACUGCCACCCACGCGAGAACUGCGACUGAUCUUCGCAACGCCGAAUCCAAGCUUGCAGGUGUAGUAAUUGACAUGAGCCAAGCCGAAGAAAUUCACAACAAUAUGUUGCAGAAUCAGCCGGGCCAACAUGAUAGCAUCACCGCCCAAAUGCAAAUUGCAACAAAUCACAUUCAAGCCUUGGAGAGCGAGAACCGGCAGCUGCAUCAAUGUCAUCGCGAAAAGUGCGAGGAAGUUUGUGCUGCCAAAGUCGACGCACAGCUUGCUACCGAGGGUGAACAUAUCGCCAUGAAUCAAGCCCAUCAGGACAACACGAGUACCGCUGUUCAGUGGAGCAUCGUAGACGCUCAUAUGCAGGAUAUCAACACCCAACGUGUACAACUACAAGACCGAUACACACGACAAUCCGACGAACAUGUGCAGAUUGCAGGUGAAGUGCAUGAUAUCACUAGGAUUCACUCUAAUCAAGCUACCGCCACGCAAGACACUAUUGUCGACGCACACGCCCAAGUAGUGACUGCUCAGAACAAGAUGUUGAACCAAAGGCUUCACCAAUGCGCCAAUGAGCUUGAGGAAACUAGGAAGAGUUUUGCGACCGCAGAAGAAGUUAACGAACUACAGGCCGACCUGCACAGGAGAGGCAACUCCGCGGUCACGAUUCAGGAUGAGAUUAACCAACGCCACACGAAGUGGGAACACCACGUCAUGGCUUUGAAGCGCAAAGCCGAAGCGGACAACGGCGAAGAGGAGUUGGCUCGCAUGGUCCUCACGCCUGAGCCCGUACUAGAAGACGAGUCCGGGCGACUCAAUUGCAGUACCCAUACCCAGAACGCGAUAUAUUCGACUGCUCUUGAGGCCGCGCAAAAUCAAAUCGAUACACGUCAUGCUUCAUCAAUAGCGACACAGAUCGGAUUAUCGCCUGUCAAUGGUGAUGAAACCCAGAAUGGAGAUGGCCUACGCACCACCGAGAACAAUCAAGCGCAAGUGAGGAUCCUCUCUGAACAUAUUCAUCAUCUUGAUGCGCAGCUUGCAGUUGCCCGCGACCAGUCUAAACAGUCUUCGUUGUCUCUGGACGAUGUCACAAUGACAGAUGCGCUGGAAGCUACGCAUAUCCGGGAGCAGUCCUCUACCACUGUGCAAGACAAGAUUAUCAUCUCACAUGCGAAAGUUGUUGACAGUCCAUUUGGCACUACCGCAGAUGAGAAGCUCCGUCAUGCUGAGCUUGAACAUGCGCAAUCGCAAGGUGAAGUGGAAUCCUUGAAGCGACAGAACUUUGCCCUUGCGCGUCAGCGAGCGGCCGAGCAGGAGAGAUUGGGCAAUGUUGUCGAAGGAAACCGUGGACUUAGAAGUAAGAUGUUUCGUAUGUGGGUCAUGGUUUCUGGCUUGUUACGGGGAGAAGAAGGGCAGGUUGAGGAUGUUGUCGCAGAAGCGAGGCGCAAUCUGGGUGCAGGAGCAGGAUUGGGCGGGGAAUUGCCCUAGUAAAGGCCUUUGGAGGAUUGUUCUCAAGAAGUUGCGUUCCUGGUCGCGACGGAUGCUAUGAAUGCCUAUCCUGAACAUCCUUCUCUACACUGUGAUUGUGUAUCAAGGUCCCGUUACCCAAUGUUGGUAAUGGAUCGCUCAUCUGGCAGGGGAGACAAUUCAUCCCUUUCAACCUUCCUCAAGACUUAUGCGAAC